CUCCCGCCCGCAGCGCCGCCUCCCCGCUCCGCGUCCCGCAGCAGCCCCGCGGCCGGCCGGCCUCGAGCCGCCGAACCGCUGCUAUGGCGACUCAAGUGCUGGGACAGUCCGGUGGGAACGGCCUCUUUCCCGGCGGCGCUAACAUCGGCAUGGCGUUGUCCAACGACAUGUAUGACUUGCACGACCUUUCCAAAGCCGAGCUGGCGGCCCCGCAGCUGAUCAUGUUGGCCAACGUGGCCCUGACGGGAGAGGUGAACGGCAACUGCUGCGAUUACCUGGUGGGAGAGGAGCGGCAGAUGGCCGAGCUGACCACGGUGGGCGACAGCAACUUCUCAGACAGCGACGCGGAGGGCGUGGAGGAUAGCCGUGCUGCGGAGAGCGACCGUGGCGCCUCGGAAAACGUGGAAUUGAGCUCUCUGGAAGCACCCGACGUGGAAACCCAAGGCCCGGACGCUUGUCCUCCACCAGAGACUCCCAGCACGGACAAAGAUGUCCCGUUGGAAGCUCCGGGCACUCCGGAGAGCUCCGAGGACAAGUGUAAGAGCCUCAAGAACAAACCGUUCCGCUGCAAGCCCUGCCAUUACGAGGCCGAGUCCGAAGAGGAGUUUGUGCACCACAUCAGAGUUCACAGUGCUAAGAAGUUUUUCGUGGAAGAAAAUGCAGAGAAACAAGUGCAGAUCAAGGAGUCUGAUUCCUACAGCGCGGAAGAGGUGGACUUCUCCAAGGGCCCGAUCCGCUGCGAUCGCUGCGGCUAUAACACUAACAGAUAUGAUCACUACCUGGCUCACCUGAAGCACCACAACAAAGCAGGAGAAAACGAGAGAGUGUACAAGUGUACCAUAUGCACUUACACCACGGUCAGUGAGUAUCACUGGAAGAAACACUUGAGAAACCAUUUUCCAAGGAAAGUGUACACCUGCUCGCAGUGCUCCUAUUUUUCAGAUAGGAAAAACAACUAUAUUCAGCAUAUUAGAACUCACACGGGAGAGCGACCCUAUCAGUGUGCUAUGUGUCCCUAUUCCAGCUCUCAGAAGACACAUUUAACCAGGCACAUGCGCACCCACUCAGGUGAGAAGCCAUUCAAAUGUGAUCAGUGCAGUUACGUGGCCUCAAACCAGCAUGAAGUAACUCGUCAUGCAAGGCAGGUUCACAAUGGGCCGAAGCCUCUGACUUGCCCGCACUGUGACUACAAAACAGCCGAUCGCAGCAAUUUCAAAAAGCACGUUGAGCUCCACGUCAAUCCGCGCCAGUUUCUUUGUCCUGUUUGUGACUACGCGGCAUCUAAGAAGUGUAACCUGCAGUAUCACAUCAAGUCCAGGCAUCCUGAUUGUUCGGACAUCACCAUGGAUGUUUCAAAGGUGAAGCUACGGACUAAAAAGAGCGAAGCUGACUUUUCUGAGAGCAUCAGUGACAAAGUGGAGAAGGAGCAAACAAAAGGGGAUUCGCCCACAAAGAAAACUGAGAAAACUGUGAAAGUGGAGAAAAAAGAGAACUUAGCAAAGGAAAAGAAGCCAACGAACAAUGUUCCUGCACGCCAAGUGACGACCAGAAGUCGGAGAUCGACUUCAGAAAACAAGGAGGUAGAUAUUAAAACUGAGAAAAAUACUGAGAAACCGUGUAAAACAAAGAAGGUCAAAAGAAAGGCAGAGGCAGAAAUAACUUUCUCAAAGCAAGAGCCUGCGAAUGAUACCAUCGUAAUGACAAAAAAGAAAAAGAAAGUGGAAACUAAGCCCAGAGACUGCCAGGAAGCUCAGAAAAGUGAUGAUGUACCAGAGGCGGAACCUAAAAAGCAAAAUUCCUGCCUUAAGAAAAGCAGAAAAAAGAAAGCUCUGAAAAGUAAGCACAGUAAGAAAAGCAAUAGGCUUGAUGAGGAGAAGAUGGAAGAAGAGGAGGUGGCGGACAAGUCUCAUCUUACGGAAGAAGACAGAUGCGUGAAACUAGACAGUCUGAGCAGUGACCAGGAGAAGGAGGAAGAUCCUGCUGAUCCAGCACCAUUAGACAGUAAUGUUGGUCAUACUUGCAAUGGGGAGAGCAUCAGUGCCAAAGGAAGCUGCGUACAAGAGCCAAGACAGCUUUGUCUGUCAGCUCAGGUUGCGGACACAGAGGCUGAGGUGAAGGAUCAAGAAAUGCCUGCUGCAGCAGUGGAGAGCGAAGACACUAUCUGUGAAAAAGAGGAGAGAAAGAUGGACACAGGGGAAGACUCGGAAGAAUCUUCUCAUGCAGUGUCUUCUGAACAAAGUCUGGAUGGACCCAUGGAUGUACUACCAGAUCUGGAGCCCAGGAAGGAGCCAGAGGAAACCUGCUUGGCAGAAACUGUGAGUAACCCAGACCCGAUAGACCUGACUAAGACACACAUCCUAGAGACAGAGCCGCCAGCAGAUGCUGUGGGAGUGCCUGUGCCCCCAGAAGGGUGUAUGCAGAGCCCUGAAGUAGCUCUGGCCUUGUCACCUCUGGAUAACGCAGCAGUGAAUGAAUCUCAGGAAAUGGAGGAGGAUGAGGGCAUCCACAGCCAUGAAGGCAGCGACAUAAGCGACAACAUAUCAGAAGGCAGCGAUGAUUCGGGGUUAAAUGGUGCUCGCUCUGUACAAGAGGAAACCAGUCCAAAGACAUCACAAGGAGCUGCCAGUAGCACAGUAGUCAGGGAGAACUAUGUAUGCAUUUUUUGUGACCGCUCAUUUAAAAAGGAAGGUGAAUACAGCAAGCACCUAAAUCGCCACUUGGUCAAUGUGUAUUAUCUUGAGAAGGCGACAAAAGGGCAGGAGUAGAAAUAGCUGCGGUCUGGGGGCAUGUGUAUCUUUUGUAAGAUCUUAUACAGCUUAUGUACAGAUAUUGUAGAUUUUUUUUCUUAAAGCAUGGUUUUCUUUAGUGUCUGCGUUGGGAUUUUUUUUUUUUUAAGCUGAAAAUAUUUUGGACAACUUUUUGUGUAAUGACCUCUUUAAAUAUUGGAUCUCUUCAUUAAAGAAGUAGGUAGGGUGUAUGAGGCUGUGUCCUGCAAGUUCUGUCUGUUUAUAGUUUGUUAGCUGAUGCAUUUGUUUUAUAAGUUGAGCUUUAGGAACAAGGCUUGUAGCUACCAUACACAAUUUGGAUGUUUAUAGAGCCACUGGCAGUUGCUUUUUCUUUUAGCAGCCAACUCCUCUUUCCCCUCUCCUCCGCUUUUGUUUUAGUUCUUCUUAACGUACCUUGAUGUUCAAAGUGGUAAAAACUACUCAAUGCUUUUUCUCCCAGGAAGAUAGCUUCUAUCACAUAAAAGAGCACUUUGUAAGACAAAUCGAAGUUGGCUAGCGAUGAACGUAACUGUUUAAGGUAAUUAUAAUUGUGAACAUACAUUUCAAAUCCCCUUAGUAUAAACAGUGAGCCAAAAUUUGGGGUUAGUCCUUCCAACUUUUGUUUGGAGAACCUCUGUCUUGAUUAAUAUCUUAUUAACUGUUAAGUGUCAUUGACUCUGUUGGGGGGGGGAGCAAGUUUGUUAUUUUUAAGUUUUUGCUUUUUUGUUGUUGCUUUAAAGGCUUAAAAUGUUGCACAUUGUUUUUGUUUAUACCUAUGCAGAUAAAUCCUUUAGGAAUAGUGCUUGUGCAGUACAUGUACACUUUAUAUAUGCAUGUUGGGUUUCAUUUGUGUAAGCUUUUCUUACUUUGAACCAUUCAGAUUUGUUGCUUACCAUGGGCCAGUUUUCUGUGAUGCUCUUUACUGCAGAUUCUUCUUCUUUUCAUAGGGUAUUGCUAGUUGUGUGUAGAAUUAUGAGCUGCUUGGCUGUGUAUUUUUUGAGUAGCUUUAAAAUUUUAUAUAGUUCUUGAGCGAAAGAAUAUCAACACAGUUCCAAAACACUAUCUUAUAGUUUUUUUUUUUUUCCAUAGAAAUGCCACUUCUGAAAUUUUUAGUACAUAUACAGAGUAAUAAAUUGUAAUUUAUAGUUUGGGAUCACCAGACAGGAAAGUAAUCACUGUCAGUGAAAAUGGUCUGAAAAUUGUACAAGUCCAGGUGUUGCUUGAUUUUUUCUUUUUUUCUCUAUUUUGCUUUCUAUGAUGGACAGCAGUCAAGCUUCAUAAGCUUAAAAAAAAAAAAAGAAAAUUACCAUAGAUGUUAGAUUUUGAUGAGCUGUAAUUACAUCUCACACACUGAAAAACAAAGACAAACUAACUGGUAAGCAACAAACCUGGCAUUAAAGGCUGUAGGAAUUCCUGUUCCUUAUUCAUUCAAGUUUCAUUUGAUAGAACCAUCUGUUUCCUCACGGAGGAGAUAAUCGGUCACAGAAGUGAUCAGGUUACGAUCUCAGGUCUGUAUGCAAGAAAUACCGUACUGGGAGUUUUUUAAUUCUAACCAGAUUUUCUUCUGGCACGUACAAACAUGAGAGGGAUUGCAUGCCUGCCAGUGGCAAAAUGUGAACGCAGUCCAAAUGAGCAGGGAAAAAGCAAAAGCCUCCAGUCCCAUCUGUGCUGCAGAAGACUGUCUUUAGGUCCCUUGUCAGGUGCGGCACUUGGGGGUGGCUUCUCAUCAACUCUGCAGAAGCAACUUUGGAGGCAGGUGUUGUUUGCAGAGUGGAGCUGAGGAGCUAGUUCAGUAUUUGUCGGUGUGUUUUAGGUACUCACAGUGUGCGUUCUGUGAAUUGGUUCUGUGAAUGUAAAUUUCUGGAGCAAACCUCAUUUUUUUUUCUCCCUGUCCACAUGUCAUCUUUUCCCCUUCCCUCAGCCCCCAAGCUAACCUUGAAUGAAUAGAGAACAAAACUACGUUGCUUCUCCUUUUGGGAGAGAUUGGUAAUAGGAGGCCAAAGAUUUGAGAGGGAGGGCAUCCCUCAUGGCAGAAUUAAAUUGUAUAGUGAGUUUUUGUUUGCUUAGAUAGCAUUCAAUCCUUACCUUGGCUGUGACAAUCAUUGGCAACUGAAGAUCAAGUUGCAACUAUAUUUAUGCUAAAUGUUAAGAAAAGAAAAUUAGUUGAGUUGUUUUCCUAAACAACUGGUUGUAAUAGUCUUAGAUGUAUUUCUUUCUUUUUUUUUUUUUUUAACGGUGUUUCUUUUAUAUGUAAAUGUUGCCAACGUUUGUGAGUAACAUGAGCAGAUGCUGGAAAUUCCAGUACUGUGCAGAGAUAUUGUAGCUCCCCUUAUAUCCUUGCGAAGAGCCUUUGCCAUCUUGUGAGAGACUUCAAGGACUUCAGCUAUGUUCAGAUAAACUUGUGGACUGGCCUGAUAAUUAUUAUGUUUUUUAAAUGGAAAAUGUGGUAUACACUGACUUAAAGUGUCUCUUGAUGAGAUAAAAACAAGGGUGUAGUUUUCUGAGGUACUGCACUGCAGAUUUCUGGGAAGAGGUCAAGGUUUUAAUACAUGAUCUAACAAGAACUCUUUGAAGACAGCAGUGUUCCUGUUAAGCAGUGUUCCCUAUCUCAGGAUUAGGAGCUGAAAAUAGACUACAGAAAUAUUAAGAAGACAGGUCUCUUUGAGACCCUUACCAGCAAUGUCCUGAAAUACUGUUGGUGUGUUACAAUGUUGGAAUUCUCUGCUGGCUUAUGUCCAAGAUUUGGGAGUAUGUUAUGUUAAAGCAGCAAAGAUGUUCUGCAUCGUAUGUACCUAAGAUGUUAGAAAUUGCUAAUACUGAAUAUUUGUAUUGGAGAAUGCCGAUAAGGUAAGCCACCAGAAAUGAUGGUUUUACUAUGAUGUAUCUCCCUCUAAACAAUGACUUUUUGUCCUUCUCAAUAUUCUUAAAUUAUUUUGUGUCGGUUUUGCCAAUAGUAGCCUAAGAACUGUAGGAGUUUUCAACCUCAGAUACGUGGGUUGAGGAGUUUUUAGCACAACGACAGCUCUACACUGCCAGUCCUUGGUUGAGCAACAUGGCAUUUGAGGUUUUCACCUCUAUGGAUCUAUCCACUCAAAGUAACUGCCUUGAGAAAUGAUCCAGAAGUGGAUAGCUAGGCAGUCGUAAUCCAUUAUAUUGUAAUCACGGCUGGACUAGAUGGUUUUAAUUGUCUUUUCCAGUUGUAAUGAUUCUGUGAUUCUGUAGUCACUAUUUCUGGGUUUUGAUGAUCUAGCCUGGACCUUCAUUCAUUGACAAAAGAACGUUUAACAUCUGCCAAGCCAGUUAAGAUAUGGUAGCAUCACUGAUUUCAACAGAUUUAAUAUAGCUGAAAAGUAUUAACCAAAUUCAAGAGGUUUCUUGAAUGGCAGUUGUGUAGAUACGUGGCAUGCAUAUUAACAGAAUCCAGAUAGCUAAUGGAAUUGUUUCAUGUGUACAUACGUUUCCUCCCUCUAAAACUAUCCUAGUUAACUUUCGUAAGCUGGCAUGGAGUUGUGUUUAUGACAUUUGGUUGCACCAUGUUUGAUGCUUUUACAGUGCAAUACUUGUAUUCUCUGAAUAAAACCAAAGGUAAUUUUUUUUUUCCCAUGUUCUCUACUGUAGUGCAUGAUGGCCUUUUCUACGUUUUUAAUGUAAAACAAGCCAGAUCAUACAUCCUGUUUUCACUUAAAGUAUGUUUUAAGUCUUUUGUUCAAAAUGUAGUGUAAAAUUAAACUAAAUUCCAUUAUAUUAACCCUUUCAAGUGUAUUUUCCUAAGCAUAGUUCUGAUUAAAUAAACUUUAUUAUGGAA